GGGAAGCUCGUGGCCGGGACACCGAGGCGGGAGCGCGGGCUGGGCCGGGCUGGGCUGCGCGCACGGGCUCGGCCGCCGCCCCUGCCGAGACGGGGUUUCGCCAGGCUGGUCUCAAAAUCCUGGCCUCAAGUGAUUUGCCCACCUCGGCCUCCCAAAGUGCUGGAGUUACAGGCAUGAGCCACUGCACCUGACUGGGAUACAAACUCUUAAUCAUAGCAGACCUUCUGAGGAUCCAGCUGCAGGUACAAACGAGGGAUUGAGGUGACCACCCUUCAACCUCCAGCUCUUCAGUCAACAAAAAUCAAGUACCUAUCACAGUGCACCCUGCCCUGCAGCACAUAUUCAAGGCUUUCCCUACAAGAACGAAGGUGUUUAACCGAAGAGAUUGAUGGUAGAAUAAAGAGAGCUGGGCGCGGUGGCUCACGCCUGUAAUCCCAGCACUUUGGGAGGCGAGGUGGGCGGAUCGCUUGACCCCAGGAAUUCGAGACCAGCUUGGGCAAUAUAGUGGGACACCAUCUCUACGGAAGGAGGGAAGUAGGGAAGGAAGGAAGGAAGGAAGGAAGGAGGGAAGGAGGGAAGGAGGGACAGAGGGAAGGAAAGGAGGAAGGAAGGAAACAAAGAAAGAAAAGAAAGGAAAGAAGGAGAAAGAAAGAUUGAUUUUAAAAAAGUUAAAAAGGGAAAAAUACAACGUGGCAGUGGGAGAAUUAAGGAUGAGAUGAUUGCAUUAGUUCACUGACCAUCCCUGAGCAACAGAAACACAAUCAUGGGUAAUCCUCGGCCCCUGCCUACAAGAAGCAUGGAUCUAGUUUAGUAGCACUGCCAACCGGAUCGACCAUUUACACUUCUGUGUGACAUGGGGCAGAGCGGGGAGAAAAGAGUGCCUGAGCUCACAGCGUUGGCGGGGCGCAGUGAGGUCAGCCAGGACUAGGUGGAAGGAGAAAAGGAACGUCCCUAUCUGCAACUCAUCUAAGGGACUGCUCGGACUCCGGAUCUCACAGCGAGAACUACCGCCUCCCUACACCCGCCUUUCCCCGCGCCACCCAACAGCUCCCACGUCUCAUCCUCAGGGAGCGGGGCGGGGCGAAGCGGAAGGGGAGGGGCCGACACAACCACGCCCACUAGCCGCGCUCCAAGGCCGCGGCCCCCUUACCGCGAGAACGCGGAGUCCCGCGGACGGCGCAAGCGCAAACCUCCUGUGACGACUGCGUCUCCUGGCCCCGCCCUCCUCUCGUGGGAGUUCCGGAUGUUUAGCGUUACCAUGGAGCCUGGAGGUGCCCGCGAACGCUGCUUGUCGCCUGGGCAACCGGAGAGGACGAAGCAGGACCUAGGUGGCGGCGGUGGUACCGGCUGCAAUGGUGUCCAAUCCCGUGCAUGGCCUGCCCUUUCUUCCGGGCACGUCCUUUAAGGACUCUACGAAAACAGCCUUCCAUAGAAGCCAGACGCUGGGCUACAGGAACGGCUAUGCAAUUGUUCGACGUCCAACAGUUGGGAUAGGCGGAGACCGGCUCCAGUUCAACCAGCUGUCCCAGGCUGAGCUGGAUGAAUUGGCCAGUAAGGCACCAGUCUUAACUUAUGGCCAACCUAAACAAGCCCCACCUGCGGAUUUUGUUCCUGCGCAUGUGGCCUUUGACAAAAAGGUACUGAAAUUUGAUGCCUAUUUCCAAGAAGAUGUUCCUAUGUCAACUGAGGAACGGUAUAGGAUCCGUCAAGUGAACAUUUACUAUUAUCUAGAAGAUGACAGCAUGUCUGUCAUAGAGCCUGUUGUAGAAAAUUCUGGAAUCCCUCAAGGCAAGUUAAUAAAACGCCAGCGGCUAGCCAAGAAUGACCGGGGUGACCAUUACCAUUGGAAAGACCUAAAUCGAGGAAUAAACAUCACAAUUUAUGGCAGAACUUUCCGCAUUGUUGACUGUGACCAAUUCACACAGGUAUUUUUAGAAAGCCAAGGAAUUGAAUUAAAUCCACCAGGGAAGAUGGUUCUUGAUCCUUACACUGAACUCCGAAAACAGCCUCUUCGUAAGUAUGUCACCCCAUCAGACUUUGAUCAACUCAAGCAAUUUCUCACCUUUGACAAACAGGUCCUUCGAUUCUAUGCGAUCUGGGAUGAUACAGACAGCAUGUAUGGUGAAUGUCGGACCUACAUCAUUCAUUACUAUCUUAUGGAUGAUACGGUGGAAAUUCGAGAGGUCCACGAACGGAAUGACGGGAGAGAUCCUUUCCCACUCCUAAUGAACCGCCGGCAUAUGCCCAAAGUUUUGGUGGAAAAUGCAAAGAACUUCCCUCAGUGUGUGCUAGAAAUCUCUGACCAAGAAGUGUUGGAAUGGUAUACUGCUAAAGACUUCAUUGUUGGGAAGUCACUCACUAUCCUUGGGAGAACUUUCUUCAUUUAUGAUUGUGAUCCAUUUACUCGACGGUAUUACAAAGAGAAGUUUGGAAUCACUGAUUUACCACGUAUUGAUGUGAGCAAGCAGGAACCACCUCCGGUAAAACAGGAGUUGCCUCCUUAUAACGGUUUUGGACUAGUGGAAGAUUCUGCUCAGAAUUGUUUUGCUCUCAUUCCAAAAGCUCCAAAAAAAGAUGUUAUGAAAAUGCUGGUGAAUAAUAACAAGGUGCUUCGUUAUUUGGCUGUACUGGAAUCCCCCAUCCCAGAAGACAAAGACCGCAGAUUUGUCUUCUCUUACUUUCUAGCUACCGACAUGAUCAGUAUCUUUGAGCCUCCUGUUCGCAAUUCUGGUAUCAUUGGGGGCAAGUACCUUCACAGGACUAAAGUUGUUAAACCAUACUCUACAGUGGACAACCCUAUCUACUAUGGCCCCAGUGACUUCUUCAUUGGUGCUGUGAUUGAGGUGUUUGGUCACCGGUUCAUCAUCCUUGAUACAGACGAGUAUGUUUUGAAAUACAUGGAGAGCAAUGCUGCCCAGUCUUCGCCAGAAGCACUCGCAUCAAUUCAGAACCAUGUCCGAAAGCGAGAAGCACCUGCUCCAGAAUCAGAAAGCAAGCAAACUGAAAAGGAUCCAGGCGUGCAGGAAUUGGAAGCAUUAAUAGACACAAUUCAGAAGGAACUGAAAGAUCACUCAUGCAAAGACAACAUUCGUGAGGCAUUUCAAAUUUAUGACAAGGAAGCUUCAGGAUAUGUGGACAGAGACAUGUUCUUUAAAAUCUGUGAAUCGCUUAACGUCCCAGUGGAUGACUCCUUGGUUAAGGAGUUAAUCAGGAUGUGCUCUCAUGGAGAAGGCAAGAUUAACUACUAUAACUUUGUUCGUGCUUUCUCAAACUGACCUGCUGAUGAGAAAAUGCAAGACAAUUUUUGAUAUUGGAACUAUGCUUUGAAAUACACCUUACACUCUUCAUAGAGGUAUUUACAGAGUUCCUGAAGUUUUAUUUUUGUUUUCGUUCUUAUUUCACUACUACUGAAGUCGAAACUAAAUUGGAUCUAAUAGGA